GGCGGAGGAAGACUUUGCUUAAGCGCACAGGCCCCAAAGUGGGCGUGAGGCGAGGAUGAGUGAUCCGUUUCCAACGCGACGUAGGGCGGGGGAGGGCGUGCACGGGGAGUCGGCUUUAAUCUCAAGACCGGCUUCGUUGCAUCAGCUGGGGACGAAGCGUGGUUGGGAGGCAGAGGGAGGACGGAGCAUGAAGCUGUGUCUGAGCGAAGGCAGCCUCGGUGGGCUGAAGGUCUUGGCGGCUGCCAAAGCCACGGGCGCUCCUGUGGAGCUGCAGUGGCUUCCGCAAGAGGCUCAUGUAGUCCCGUUCCUCACCCACCCACAGCUGCCAGUUCUGCAGCUGGAAAAUGGAUCCUUCCUCUUCUCCACAAAUGCAAUUUCUCAAUACUUUUUCCGCUUAUCUGGAAAAGAAAUGAGCGGUUUUAAAAAUGAGCAGAGUGAUUUUGCCAAUCAGUUAUUUGAAUGGGAUGUAACUGAGCUAGAGCCUGCUUUGUCUGCAGCCUUGUAUCUUCAUGUUGUACAAGAAAAGAAAGGAGAGGAUGUUUUGAACAUCAUCCGGAAGCCAUUGGACUACCUUGACCAGAUUCUUACCAAAAAGGGCACCUCUUACCUCACUGGGGAUGUUGAGUCAGCUGCUGAUGUUGUCUUGUGGGGAUCUCUGUUUCCUCUGUUAAGAGAUGAAUCCUUCUUACCAAAUGAGCUGAAAGCCCUGAGGAGUUGGUUCCAAAACAUGAACCUGAAGGAACACUGCAGAAAGGCAGUGGAAUCUAUAUGGACGCCCAAGGGAUUGCUGGAACUUAAAGCCUAUCUACAGAAACAUCCUGCUCCCAGUAUGGCCUUUGAGAAAUCAGCUACCAAUGAAGCCAAGGCAGAGGAAUCAAUCCAGCAGCAUUUGUCUGAUGUGGAGAUUGAAGCCAUUGCUGAAGUCUGGAGCAGAGGACCAGCCAGCCUUCCUAGCCCUUGGAAACCACAGCACCCUAUAGUGCCUGUGGAAGGCAUGAAGAACGUGCUGAUCACAAGCGCACUGCCCUAUGUCAACAAUGUGCCUCAUCUUGGAAAUAUCAUUGGCUGCGUUCUCAGUGCUGAUACCUUUGCCAGGUACUGCCGUCUGCGCAAUUGGAACACACUCUAUGUGUGUGGUACUGAUGAGUACGGUACUGCCACAGAGACAAAGGCCAUGGAGGAAGGACUGACACCACAAGAGAUCUGUGAUAAGUACUACUCUGUCCAUGCACAAAUCUACCAAUGGUUCAACAUCUCUUUUGAUUACUUUGGUCGCACCACCACAGCCCAACAGACCACAAUAGCGCAAGGCAUCUUCCAACAGUUGCUGGAGCGCAACUAUCUUCUGACAGAGACUGUGGAUCAGUUGAAGUGUGAGAAAUGUGUGAGGUUCCUAGCAGACCGCUUUGUGGAAGGCAUCUGCCCUUUCUGUAACUAUGAAGAAGCCCGUGGAGAUCAGUGUGACAAAUGUGGCAAACUCAUAAAUGCCACUGAACUUAAGAAACCAGUGUGCAAAAUCUGCCAAGGAACUCCUGUGGUGAAAUCUUCUGAACAUCUCUUCCUGGAUCUACCCAAGUUAGAAGACAGUCUGGAGAAAUGGUUGGCUGUGUCCCAGUCCAGUGGGGAUUGGACUCCCAACUCAAGAUACAUCACUCGCUCCUGGAUCCGCGAUGGCCUGAAGCCACGUUGUAUCACUCGUGACCUGAAGUGGGGUACACCAGUUCCGCUUGAUGGCUUCCGUGAUAAGGUAUUCUAUGUCUGGUUUGAUGCUCCAAUUGGCUAUCUGUCUAUCACGGCUAAUUACACUGACCAGUGGGAGAAAUGGUGGAAGAACCCAGAACAGAUUCAGCUUUAUAACUUCAUGGCCAAGGAUAAUGUUCCCUUCCACAGUGUUGUGUUUCCUUGCUCAUUGCUGGGCACUGGUGAUAAUUAUACUCUAGUCAACCAUCUAAUUGCAACAGAAUAUUUGAACUAUGAGGAUGGCAAAUUCUCCAAAAGCCGUGGUGUGGGAGUUUUUGGGGAUAUGGCCAAGGACACAGGUAUUCCUGCAGAUAUCUGGCGCUUUUACCUGCUCUACUUGCGGCCAGAGAGCCAAGACAGUGCCUUCUCUUGGAAUGAUCUGAUGAUCAAAAACAACUCAGAGCUGCUGAACACCCUGGGCAAUUUUAUCAAUAGAGCAGGGACUUUUGUGUGCAAAUUCUUUGGGGGCUGCGUCCCUCCGAUGAACUUGAACCAGGAUGACAAGCGCUUGUUGGCUCACAUCACUCUGGAGCUGCGGCAGUACAAUCAGUUGUUGGAGAAGGUCAAGAUCCGUGAUGCCUUACGCAGCAUCCUGAAUAUUGCUCGCCACGGCAACCAGUACCUUCAGGUCAACGAGCCCUGGAAAUGCAUCAAAGGCAGUGAUGCAGACAAAAAACGGGCAAGCACAGUGAUAGGGGUGGCUGUCAACAUUGCAAGCCUGCUGUCAGUUGUCUUGCAACCUUACAUGCCAAGUGUGAGUGCUACAAUCCAGGACCAGCUGUGCAUUCCAUCCAGCUUCAAUGUUGUGACCAAUGACUUUGUCUGCACCUUGCCGGUUGGACAUCAGAUUGGCACGGUGACUCCUUUGUUCCAAAGGUUGGAGGCUGAACAAAUUGAAAACUUGCGGAAGCGUUUUAGUGGAGGACAGUUUGAAGACUUCCCACUGAAGCCAAAGCAAAAAGCAGCUGCAAAUGUCCAAAAAACAUUGGGAGUGAAGGCGCAUCAGGAAGGAGCAGCCAAACAGGGUAGCUACCUAAAGCAUACGAAGGCCCAAGGAGCUGCAAAAGAGCAAGUGGACACUAUGGUCUCAGAGUUGGUGGAACUGCAGAAGCAACUCAGUGUGGUAGAAGGAAAUGGGAAAAAGAAAAAGUGAACUGUUGGGCUGUGAUCGCACUCAAGAAGUUUCAGGCUCAUUUUGCUGGUGACAGUUGCUAGCAACUGUGAUCCCACUUAAUUUUCUCUUUUUUUCAGUCUUUUUGUCACUAUUACCAUGAACAGUUCUAGAACCUUCACACUGUUGGAUUACAUGGCACAAAAUAAAUAUUUUAUUGUUAAUUAUACAAGUACAAAGCACUAUUGCACAGAGAGAUACAUACAGACAUUCCUCCCUGCACCUCCU